UCACGCACUGCGCAUGAGCGUCCACAGAGAACCCACAGACGAGGGAAAUUUAAAAAAACGGGGGACAACAAGUGCCCCGAACGACAGAAGAGCUUUCCUCUGUCUCGUUAUCAAAGAUUUUCAAUACCACAGAACAACUGCAGCAUUAACAGAAGAUGAUUGAAAGUGGAAUAACAAGCAGGAUGUCAGGAGUUCAUGAAAACCCUGUACAAAGUCACCACACCUCCACACAAGACUACAGACUCCUGACCACAGACCCUUCGCAGCUGAAGGACGAGCUGCCUGGCGAUCUUCAGUCGCUGUCCUGGCUCACCUCUGUGGAUGUUCCCCGACUGCAGCAGAUAGGAUCUGGACGAGCUGAUUUUGCCAGUUCUGCUCAGAACAGCCUGCUGGAGCGACAGACAGCUCAGCUGAAUAGCAUGACGGUAGCAGGCGGAGCAGGAUCUGCGAUUCAUCUACAGAGCGAAAUGCAGCACAGCCCUCUAGCCAUCAGUAGCAUGCCCCAGUUUUCUCCUGGGUUUCCGUGUGCCGCUUCAGUUUAUCAAACCGCCCCUCAACAAGUGCUCACUUUCACUCAGGCAAACCAGCAGUGUUCUCCCGGUGGGAUUUAUGGCAACUACAACAGCCAGAGUCUGUUUCCUCAACCCCGUAUAACUGCUCACAACCAGGACUUGCAGCCCAAGACGUUCCCUAAACCCAUCUACUCCUACAGCUGUCUGAUUGCAAUGGCUUUGAAGAACAGCAAAACAGGCAGCCUUCCUGUUAGUGAGAUCUACAGCUUCAUGAAGGAGCACUUCCCUUAUUUCAAGACAGCGCCUGAUGGAUGGAAAAAUUCUGUACGCCACAACUUGUCCUUGAACAAGUGCUUCGAGAAGGUGGAGAACAAGAUGAGCGGUUCCUCCAGAAAGGGCUGUCUCUGGGCACUCAAUCCUGCAAAGAUUGAUAAAAUGGAGGAGGAGAUGCGCAAAUGGAAACGCAAGGAUCUCCCAGCCAUCCGUCGCAGCAUGGCCAAUCCAGAUGAAUUAGACAAACUCAUUACAGACAGACCGGAGAGCUGCAGACAGAAGUCCAUUGAGACUGGCAUGACUCGCUUGCCCAGCUGCCCACCAGGGCCGACCCUCCCAAUCCCAGCGCAGAUGCAGCCCCAACCAGUGGUCACUCUCUCUCUGCAGUGCCUUCCUAUGCAUCAGCACUUUCAUAUGCAGCUCCAGAAUCAGUCUCGCUUGGCUCCGGCCUCCCCUGCUCCUGCUCAGACACCCCCUCUCCACACCGUCCCCGACCUGACAAACAAGCAGCACAGCGACUUCUACACGGUUCACACCGACGUGAAUUCAGAGGUGGACGCACUGGACCCAAGUAUUAUGGACUUCACCUGGCAAGGAAACCUGUGGGAGGAGAUGAAGGAUGACAGCUUUAACCUGGAGGCAUUAGGUACACUCAGUAACUCCCCACUUCGGCUGUCUGACUGUGACCUGGACACUGGCAAUGUCACACCUGUGUCCAGCGCAGGAGGACUGCCUUACCCAGACCUGCAGCUGACAGGCCUCUACUCUUCAUACUCGGCUGUGGAUGCCUUUUCUAACCAGUACAUGAACACACAAGGAGGAACGAAGCCUAUCGUUUUGCUUUAAUUGCACCUGCAAGAAAUCCAACAAACUGAGCUUUACCUCCCAGGAACAUCUAUAAAGCUUUCAAUCCCAGCCUUCGUGGUGUGCCAGACUCCAAAAAACAUCCUGCAACACAGAUUUCUUCCAAGGCAGCCAAAAAUGUUUUGUUAAAUUAUUGCAACAUCAGAUAUAGAAUGCAUUACGAUAUCCUGAACUGAAAGGAGUAGCAUUUAUGGUGACGUCACAGUAUUCAAAUGUGUCAUUUGCAUUGACUGUAUUAAUUACAUUAAAUGCAAUGGGUUUGAAGGGACCAAAUCAGUAAUUGUUUUUUAGAGAGAAUAUGAUUAAUAAGGAGUUGAAAAGAUUUCCUCUACCGGUGCAGAUACUGGCAUUGUGGCCAAACAUAAUCAUACAAAAUACAGUGUUGUUAUUAUACGCCUAAUGCAAAUUGUGAGUUAACUCAACACUUAAGGAACAAUGAUCAAAUUAUGGGAAUUAUGAUUUUGGGUGUUUCCAAGCUUUUUUUCUGUACCAUUAAAGACAUAAUUUUGUCCAUGUAACUGUUAGCCUUGUAACUGUAGUUGUGUGUCUUUUGUUGUACUGUGAUAGACACUGUAUCUGCUCUUUAAUAUCUGUUUAUUAUUUAUAUUUAUGAAAAGAGCUGAAAUGGUGACAUGAAUCGUUUUUAUUGUACAUAUCUAAAUAUUUUGAAUGCAAGCAAUAAAAUUUCUGAUUCAGAUUGAAA